GAAUCCAUUUGAGUAGACACAGAAGUUAGGAAAAGUGGAUUCAACGGCAAUCGUGCGUUUGUAGCUACAGGGACUUACACUGUCAGUGUUUUAGAAAUGACAUUCACAAUAUUAAGGUACGCAACUCCCAAUUCGUUUCUUCUUCUUAAUCGUCGAUUACACAUUCAGCCACUUCCUUCUUUCAUUGACAAUCUCGACGACGCCGUUUCAUCAUUCAAUCACAUUCUUCAUAUGAAUAACCAUACUCCACCAAUCUUUGAAUUUAACAAAAUUCUAUCUUCCCUUGUUAAGAUGAAUCAUUUCAAAAUUGCUAUUUCAUUUUCUCAACAAAUGGAACUUAAAGGAAUUCAACCUGAAAUGUUUACUUUCAACAUAUUGAUUAAUUGUUUCUCCCAUCUUUGUCAACUCAAUUUUGCAUUUUCUAUGGUGGCCAAGAUUCUCAAGUUAGGUUAUCAGCCUGAUACCGUAACAGUGAAUACACUUCUCAGAGGUCUCUGUCUUAAUGGCAAGGUUAAAGAAGCCCUUAACUUUCAUGAUCAUGUUAUACGAAAGAGGUUUCAUCUUGAUCAGGUUAGUUAUGGGACAUUGAUCAAUGGGUUAUGUAAAUCCGGAGAAACAAGAGCUGCCCUGCAGUUGCUUAGAAAGAUUGAAGGGUUAUUAUUGGUUAGACCUGAUGUCAUAAUGUACACUGCAAUCAUCGAUAGUUUCUGUAAGGAUAAACUCGUAAUUGACGCGUAUGAUUUAUAUUCUGAAAUGAUUGUUAAGAAAAUUUAUCCUAAUGUCGUCACUUUCAAUAGUUUAAUCUAUGGAUUUUGCAUUGUGGGUCAGUUGAAAGAAGCAGUUGGUUUGUUAAAUGAAAUGUCGUUAAAUAACGUCAACCCCAAUGUUUACACCUUUAAUAUUUUGAUUGAUGGUUUGUGUAAGGAAGGAGAGGUGAAAAAAGCUACAAGUGUGUUAUCUGUUAUGAUAAAACAAGGCGUGGAACCUAAUGUUGUUACUUAUACUUCUUUGAUGGAUGGGUAUUUCUUGGUAAAAGAAGUCAACAAGGCCAAACAUGUAUUCAACACUAUUUCUCUAAGGGGAGUGACUCCUAAUGUUCAUAGCUACAGUGUCAUGAUUAAUGGAUUAUGUAAGAAUAAAAUGGUGGAUGAAGCUGUGAAACUUUUCAAAGAAAUGCAUUUAAAAAACAUGACUCCUAAUACUGUUACAUACAGUUCACUUAUUGAUGGACUUUGCAAAUCGGGAAGAAUCUCUGAUGUUUGGGAUCUUAUAGAUGAGAUUAAUAAUAGAGGUCAACCAGCUAAUAUAAUCACUUACAAUUCUUUAUUAAAUGGAUUGUGCAAAAACCAUCAGGUUGACAAGGCAAUUGCGUUGUUAACGAAGAUGAAAGACGAAGGAAUUCAGCCAGAUAUGUCUACAUACACAACACUUGUUGAUGGACUAUGCAAAAAUGGAAGACUUAAGGAUGCACAAAGGAUUUAUCAGGAUCUUCUAUGUAAGGGCUACCCAUUAAAUAUUAGAAUGUAUACUGUGAUGAUUAAUGGGCUUUGUAAAGAGGGUUUUUUCGAUGAAGCAUUGUCCUUACUCUCACAAAUGGAAGACAACGGUUGCAUGCCUGAUGCUGUAACUUAUGAAACUCUUAUCAGUGCUUUGUUCAAAAACAACAAGAAUGGUAAGGCGGUGAAACUUCUUCGUGAAAUGAUUGCAAGAGGUUUACUCUAAAGAGUAAAACUAGGUGAGAUGCUUUCUAGUUACAAUUUGUUAUUGUUAAAAUUAAGAAUCUUUAGAUAUUCCUUUAAUUAUAGAACUUCCUAGAUUGAUUGUUAUUACUUCUAGAGUAUUCAACUUCCUAGGCUAGUGCUUACUAAAUAAGCAUUCAAUGUAUUUAUUGUAAAGCCAUUAUAAAUACAAGGUGUGUGAUCUCAUUAUAGACACACAGAGAGUUUACAA